AUGGCACAACUUAAGGGAACUCCUCCUAACGGUCUUGAGGCUAUAAGCCCCAAGCAUGAUGUUCAAAGUUACACAUGUAUUCGUGAGCAUCCCAGAGCUGUUCCAGUAGCACCACCAGCGGAGCCGCCGGGAAAUCCUACUAUUGAGGAGCAGGGCGAGGCUGGUUUAUUUCUAGCUGAUCCAGCUAUACCACAGGCAGGAGGGGGAGCACAGACCCCUACUGCCCAGGCUCAUGGUCAUGUAGCUGCAGGUUCCUCCAGUGGACAUUCAGGUACCCAGGGUUCUUUUGGCUCCUAUUCCAGUGCUACGCCAGAGGGUUCAUACCGUCCUCCAGCCAUUUCUGGUUCCUCCGGUAGGUAUUCAGGCCAUCAGGGCCAGGCUUUCGGGCAGCAGGCUAUGGUGCCCAGAGUUUGCUACGAGUGUGGAGACCCAAGCCACUUGAAGAGGACCUGCCCCAGGCUUAGGGGCAAGGCAGUACAGCAGGGUUAG